GUGCUUGACAUAUAUCAACAUUUACUUCCUUUUUUUAUUGAAGAUAGAAAAAGAAAACAAUACAAAAAUGAAUAUUUGUCAAACCAAUGAAGCAGAAUUAGAAAUCUUGCAUAUAUUACAAAUAUAUAUAACUAUAUAUUAUUAUAUGCAAUUAUAAUAUUACAUUACGGAAAAGAGAAUUAUACUGCCGAGAUGAAAAUUUCAUGCAGCUAUAGUAUUUUCAACUAGACUUCAAAACUCUCUAAUUUUUUUAGUUGCGUACGCGUUUCUGUAUUUUUAUUUUUGAAGAUAUCAAAGAUCAGGAUUCAGUAGGUCGGUAGUUGCUAUCAGUUGCUAUACAGGCUGAUCGAUGAUGCGCGGAAGCAAGGAUAGCGUCGGGAUGAUCACUACUGCGCAUGAAAACGUAACGUCAGUUCUUCAUUGGACUUCAUCCAUGUGUCGAUCCAGCCGGUUGAAACGGUGGACACCUGCUAACCUCAGCUAACCUCUCUGUCUAUCCUCGACCGGACAUCCGGACGAACAAUCUCCGCCUAGGAACGUUCCAUGCUUGCAGCUAGAAUGUCCAAUUUGCGGAAAUUUAUAGAUAUCGGAGCCAAUUUAACAGAUUCCAUGUACCAAGGAGUCUAUCAUGGAUCUCAGAAACAUCAACCAGAUUUAGAUAAAGUUCUAGAGCGAAGUUGGAAGAAUAAUCUCUCGAAAAUCAUCAUUACAGCUGGCAAUGUAGAAGAAAGCAAGAAAGCUCUUGAAAUAGCGAGAACUGAUGACAGACUGUAUUCGACGGUUGGUUGCCAUCCGACCCGUUGCAAUGAAUUCGAGGAGAGUAGCAAUCCAGAAGAAUAUCUCAAAUUAUUAUCGGACCUGGCGCUGAAUAACAAGGACAAAGUUGUCGCUAUCGGUGAGAUGGGCUUGGAUUAUGAUAGACUGAAUUUCUGCCCCAAGGAGACUCAAAAGAAGUACUUUGAGCUACAAUUGUCAUUGUGCUCCACAUUAAAGCUACCAAUGUUUCUGCACUGCCGCAACGCUAGUGACGAUUUUGUGCGAAUUCUGAGAAAACAUAAAAACGAAUUGACGCCGGGUGUUGUGCACUCCUUCGACGGUAACCCGGAGGAUGCAAAUUCCAUAUUGCAAUUAGGCUUGUACAUCGGCGUUAAUGGAUGCUCGUUGAAGACAGAGGAAAAUCUUUUCGCGAUCACUACCAUUCCUUCAGACAGGCUCAUGAUAGAGACUGAUUGUCCAUGGUGCGAGAUCAGGCCGACGCAUGCAUCCGCGAACGACGUUAUCACGCAUUUUCCAUCUGUGAAGAAAGAAAAAUGGCAAGCGGAUCAGAUGAUUAAAGGACGGAACGAACCUUGCACGAUAGUUCAAAUAUUGGAAGUUCUAGCGCGGAUCAGAGAUGAGGAAGAGGAAUACCUGUGCAAUCAAAUCUACAAGAAUACAAUGAAGCUCUUCUUCCCGUAUGAAUUAUAGUAUGCGAAUACUCGAUGCUACAAAAAUGCAAGCGAACUUAAAGUGCGUUGACGGAAUACGCAUUUUCAUGGAAGUAAUCAGGGAUAAAAGCUGUGAACGUGCACGCAAAACAGAGUGAAGAAAUUUAAAAGAAAAGGCACGCUGAAAUUUUAUUGAAGGGGGGAAAUAAGACAACUCAUUUUUACAUACGUGGCUUUAUGGAAGUGACUGUCACUAUCCACACACAGAUCUCUCUUCCCAUGUAAAACUUUAAUAUAUUCUUGUUAAAAUUAUAUUAUCAUAUCUCAUAUUCAUCUAUUGCAUUUCAUCGCUAUUAUUACCAUCAUUUCAUUAUUAUUAUUAUAUUAUAUUACGAUAUUUAUUAAUAUAUAUACUAUUCUGCUAUUCCUAAAAA